AAAUGAAGUUGCCUUGUGGGGAUAUCGACAUUCUCUUGUUGAUCACCUCCAGCGAAGAACAUUCGAGGUCAAGCCGGACCUCAAAUGAUAUUAUCAAAACAGACCAGAACGCGGAAGAACCCCGAUGGUGGGUGAGAGAGAAAACAGGACAGAUUGUGGAGAAUAUAGAUUGCGUUCAGGAGCUCAGAUGUGUACAGAGCUCGCGGUAGGAAUCGGUCUCUUCAUGCUCAGCGACAACAUUUACCUGAGGCGUUGCCAGCGCAUUUCUCCGAGUCUCGGAGACGGUGUCACUAGAGGUCGAUGGAGACGAUAUGAUAUUGGAAAAGAGCUGAGAGAUUGCCGCUAUCAAGAAGGCCUAUUCCUUGAGGUAUGAUAUAGUUACAUCCUGAAUAGCGUGC